AUGUAACCGUCACGUUGUAUUCACAGAGGAUCUAUGCCGUCAUCCAAACUAAAUUAGUUUAGCUUAAGUUGUUUCAGUCCUCCCAACCUCGGUGCGCCUGAACACAGUUUCAUGACUGGCAGAAUGGCUCAUAAUGUUCCGCAACACGGACGCAACUGUUCAUGGUGUCAGCGGCGAGUUACCUGUAAUAGAUGCAGGUAAAAAGAAAUUGGUCUGCAACUGGGAUUUCUUUAUUUUAGCGCGUCGUUUGUUUUCAUGAAAAAUCGAUCGCUAGGACAUCUUCAGUCUUCAGGGAGCAGAGAGAGUGUGACGGACAAUCCAUACAUUCUAACCAAGGCUACCAAAUUGGAAUGGAUACUCUGGAAAACAGUGAAAGUUCCUGGGCAUCACGUUAAUACAGUCUAGGAAAAGACAGUGGUUACUUCGUCGUGUAAAUACCACCAAGACUUUAAGAAAAGAGAAGUUAAAUGCCAUCGCUCCUGCUAUAAUGGCGUUGUGUCAGUGCUGUUAGUGUCUGGAGAGCUAACGUUGCGUGAUAAAGUCGUGCAAAUUCUGGUCACCUUCCAUGGCUGUCCGUCUGUCGCUAGCUACCUGUUGUGCUGCCUCACAUGGAAUAGAAAGACAGGAACUAACCGUUGUGUGAGAUGGCCUAGCAACCAUGUCUCAGCACUACUAUCGUCGCACAGACAACUCUUCGUACCGGGACCGCAUCCCACUGCGGAUAGUUCGGUCCGAGUCGGAGCUCUCGGUCCAGGAGAAGGUGUACCUGAAUGCGGUGGAGAAGGGCGACUACGCCACUGUCAAGCUGGCCCUGGAGGAGGCUGAGAUUUACUUCAAGAUCAACAUCAACUGCAUUGAUCCGUUGGGACGCACCGCUCUCCUCAUUGCCAUUGAGAAUGAGAACCUUGAGAUCACUGAGCUCUUGCUCAGCUUUAACGUCUACGUUGGGGAUGCCCUGCUUCACGCCAUACGCAAGGAGGUGGUGGGGGCUGUGGAGCUCCUGCUUAACCACAAGAAGCCCAGUGGAGAGAAACAGGUCCAUCCAGUGCUGCUGGACAAGCAGUUCUCCGACUUCACCCCCGACAUAACCCCCAUCAUCCUGGCGGCGCACACCAACAACUACGAGAUCAUCAAGAUGAUCGUCCAGAAGGGCGUCUCCAUCCCUCAGCCCCACGAGGUGCGCUGCAACUGCAUGGAGUGCGUGUCCAGCUCGGACGUGGACAGCCUGCGCCACUCGCGCUCACGCCUCAACAUCUACAAGGCCCUGGCGUCGCCCUCGCUCAUCGCCCUGUCCAGCGAGGACCCCUUCCUCACCGCCUUCCAGCUCAGCUGGGAGCUGCAGGAGCUGAGCAAGGUGGAGAACGAGUUCAAGUCGGAGUACGAGGAGCUGUCGCGCCAGUGCAAGAAGUUCGCCAAGGACCUGCUGGACCAGACGCGCAGCUCCCGCGAGCUGGAGCUCAUCCUCAACUUCCGCGACGACAUCAACAUGCUGGAGGACAUGAACAACAACGAGCUGGCGCGACUCAAGCUGGCCAUCAAGUACCGCCAGAAAGAGUUUGUGGCCCAGCCUAACUGCCAGCAGCUGUUAGCGUCGCGCUGGUACGACGAGUUCCCCGGCUGGCGGCGCCGCCACUGGGCGGGCAAGUUCAUCACCUGCAUCUUCAUCGGCCUCCUCUUCCCGCUCUUCUCCCUCUGCUACCUGGUGGUGCCCAAGAGCCGCUUUGGCCUCUUCAUCCGCAAGCCCUUCAUCAAGUUCAUCUGCCACACGGCCUCCUACCUCUCCUUCCUCUUCCUCCUGCUCCUCGCCUCCCAGCGCAUCGUCUCCUCCACCGACCCCAACCGCCAGGGCCCAGUGCCCACUACUGUGGAGUGGAUGAUCCUGCCGUGGGUCGUGGGGUUCAUAUGGACAGAGAUAAAACAGAUGUGGGACGGGGGCUUUCAUGACUACAUCCACGACUGGUGGAACCUCAUGGACUUUGUUAUGAACUCCCUCUACUUGGCAACCAUAUCUCUGAAGAUUGUAGCCUAUGUGAAGUACAGCGGCUUCAAGCCCAGAGCCAGCUGGGAGAUGUGGCACCCCACCCUGGUGGCCGAGGCCCUGUUCGCCAUCGCCAACAUCUUCAGCUCGCUGCGCCUCAUCUCCCUCUUCACGGCCAACUCGCACCUGGGCCCGCUGCAGAUCUCGCUGGGCCGCAUGCUGCUCGACAUCCUCAAGUUCCUCUUCAUCUACUGCCUGGUGCUGCUGGCCUUCGCCAACGGCCUUAACCAGCUGUACUUCUACUACGAGUUUAAGGACGACAAAGAGAGCUGCAAGGGCAUUCGCUGUGAGCGGCAGAACAACGCUUUCUCCACGCUCUUUGAAACCCUCCAGUCUCUGUUCUGGUCCAUAUUCGGCUUGAUCAGCCUCUACGUCACCAACGUCCAGGCUGAGCACGUGUUCACGGAGUUCGUGGGGGCCACCAUGUUCGGCACGUACAAUGUCAUCUCCUUGGUGGUGCUGCUCAACAUGCUCAUCGCGAUGAUGAACAACUCCUACCAGCACAUUGCUGAUCAUGCUGACAUUGAGUGGAAAUUUGCCAGAACUAAGCUGUGGAUGAGCUAUUUUGAAGAGGGAGGCACGUUACCCUCCCCAUUCAACAUCAUCCCCAGCCCCAAAUCUGUCUGGUACCUCAUCCAGUGGAUCAGGCGGAACAUCUUCAAGGAGAGGGAGAAGCUGACAGAGUCGUUCGGGUCCUUAGGGAGGAAAGCUGCAGAAAAUGUUCGAAUAAAGCACCAGUAUCAGGAAGUGUUGAGAAACUUGGUGAAACGGUAUGUGGCAGCCAUGAUCAGAGAUGCAAAGACAGAAGGUGGCCUCACAGAGGAAAACUUUAAGGAGCUGAAGCAGGACAUCUCCAGCUUUCGCUAUGAGGUGCUGGGCAUGAUGAAGGGCAAUCGGAGCUGCAUGCCAGCCCUGAGUCCCCGGGAGGGUGCCUGUGGUUUCAGCGACCACCUGCUGCCCUACAGCCUGCCCCCCGCGCUGGGGCCCAGCUCCCAGAGAGCCAAGCUCAACCUGUACGAAGUCACCACCAUUCUGCAGCACCACAACGUGGAUGCCACGGCUUCAGCAGAGCCCAUUGGCAGCAUUGCUAACGGCACGGCUAACCCUCCGUGGGGCGAGGCAUGCUUGUACUCUUCCAAGUCCACGUGUUCUGCUGCCUGCAGCCCUGCCUCAUCCUCCUCCUCCUCCGCCUCCUCCUCCUCGGCCUCCGCUUCCUCCCGAGAGCGGGCGUCCAGGAAGGACUUCCCCAAGGACAUCUCCAACUUCGGACUGUUCCAGAAGAGUCAGAGCAAGAAGAGCAGCCGGGGCCCUAGCCAAAGUAGCAUUUACUCACUGUCAGAAGAGGCAGACGAGUCGGACGGGGAGAAGACAGGGGAAAAAGCGGGGGAGGAACAGCACGAGGAGGCGGAGGCGGACAGGGAAGGGGAGGAAGAGAGACAGCCACUGUCAAGUCAGGAGGAAAGAGAGAAGAACAAACGGAUGAGCAGAGAGGAGGAGACACAAGAAGAAGAGGAGGAGGAAGAGGAUGGGACGGAGACAGGGAUGCAGGAGGAAGAAAAAACUGAGCCCCUCUUGAGGAAGCUGAUGAAGGAUCAGAACACUCCCCCUGUGCAGGAAGACACGUAACUUGGCACGGAGUGAAGAACCAAAAGAGUGAUUGGAAGGGCGCAGGCAGACAUGAAAUGUUCCACUGGAACCUGCACAACCUGUUGAGGAGGCGAACCUGGAGCCUUGUGCUUUUAUUGUCUCAGGGAAAGGUGUAGACUUGCUUUUGUCAAUAUGGGGAUUAGAAGGCUAGGAUGCCCAAAUAUCACAGUCAUCACAGGAAAUGUGUUGUGAACAGAGGAAGUCCUUUUAUUGUCAGUGGUGUUCUGAGGGACUGAGGCAAAAAUUUGAAUGAAAAUGGUCAUAACGUCAGCUCAGUUACCUACCCCUUGUCCACACCAGAACAUGUUCUCUUGGAGGUAUUCACCACUCAGAGCAAUAGCUACUGUAAACUCUCCACAAACCCUGUACUUUGCUGCCCCUGCCUGACUUUGCUCUUUUGCACAACAACAUGCCUGAAUAAUGAUCCACGUCAGACCAGAUCGAAGUGGGCACAGGAGGAGUUGGAUAUCUGAGACAAGUUCAAUGACUUCACAGGGCUGCUUCGCGACAUGGCAGUAAAGGAGUACGAGCAUUCCCGCCAGAAAUGGCCUAUGAUCAAACGAUACUUAAAGGAUUUCUAUGAACUCCUGAUGAUGUCUAUGCAAAAGGCUUAAAUUUACACAACUGGCUUCAUAGAAAAAAUAGAACUUGCUCUUUAUUAACCUCUUUGCAGGUAUCACUAACCACAACAAGCUCUUCAUAGGAUUUCUUCAUAAUAGUCCUCAGUACUUUGGCAUGUAAUGUGCUUAUUAGUAAAACAAAAAAUUAACCAGAUAUGUGUAUUUAUAGCUAUAUAUGUGUAACUAUAUAUAGCUAUAACUCCAGGCAGUGUGUCUACAUACAGUCUGGUAAAAUGCUGAAUUCUGUAUGCAGUCUCAACGGUUUGAUUCUUUUUAAUACCUUAAGUUAGAGUGGAUGCAAAUAGAUCAAUUCAUGAAGUCAAUGAAUCAAUAAACAUAGAUGUA